UUUUGACGCUUCAACCUCCAACUGCCUGAGGACAACACAGCGCCGUGCUUGAUUGAGGAGUACGUCUCCAAUUUGAUGAAUUUAACUCUUCUAUCACUGUUUAAUAUUUAAAUCCAGAGUUGAGAUCAGAACUUUCUCUUACUUUUUCCAGCCUUACCUUGAAUCAUGUUGGCGGAAACGGAGACGAUAGCUUACGUGACUGAGGUCAGGCUUUGCGGGGGACGAGGAUCCUGGGGUGUGGUGGCGCCCUCCUCCUGCCCUGAGGUGGACCUGGAAGUCAUUGAGGAAUACCUGCAGGAGCAUUCACUGGAGGUCCAGCCUGCACACACACAAGCCUCACCUCUGACCAAUGACAUGCAGCAUUUGCACUCUCAGCACAGCACCUGGAUCAUAGAAAAUAACUGGUCUGGUCAAUAUGCUUACGAGUGGCACUGGGGAACUCACACACCGAAUAAAGAAUGUGAGCCACAAGCCGCUCCGCCAGCCUGGUUGUGUCCCCACCAGAACCAGUGGAAUCAGGUUGCAUAUCCCGCAUGCAUCGACUCAGAUUCUCAGUCUAGUAGCUCCCAGUACAAAGAAUACCAGGAUGCUCCUUCUCCAUCCUCUGAUGGUGAAGACAGACAGAACCAAGACUCUUUGCUUCUUUCGCCCAUCUCAGGAAAACGAAAGGAGCGCUUGUUCCAGUUCCUGUUUGAGAUGCUCCAAACGCCGUCGAUGCGAAGCUGCAUCUGGUGGGUCCAGUCAUCAGUUGGCACCUUUCAGUUUUCCUCCCAAAACAAAGAGCACCUGGCAGAGAUUUGGGGCCGCCGAAAGGGGAACCGCAAGACGAUGACGUACCAAAAAAUGGCGCGAGCGCUGAGGAAUUACUCCCGCACGGGCGAGAUCCAGAAGGUGAAGAGGAAAUUGACGUAUCGGUUUGACGAGAAGACACUGAGAGGCCUGCAAGCAGACUUAAAUACAGAAUAGGAAACAUGAUGGAGUACAGUCAUGACGUGUGACACACCCUAUGGAUUGCGCUGAAAAUACUUUGGACAUGAUAUCAUGUAACAGACAUACCAUCAAACUUUAUAAUCAUUAGAUAAAUGGUCGAUAACUUGUGAGCAACUAGUGUGCCCAGCAAAGGUGAUUUGGUUGAAGUUUUUUCACUAAUUGUGCAUACAUGCUUUUUAGAUGGUGUUCCACAAGGAUCGGUAUUGAGUGCCAAUUAGUACAUCGAUGACAUGUGUAUGGUGUCGGAUACUUUAAAAUGUGUGGUUUGUUAAGCUGUGUGAGGAAUUUCACAUCAAUUUAUGGGGUCAAACAUUCGGGGUUUAAUAGAGUGCUUCGGAUUUUUCAACAUCUGCCAGAAUACAUUGCCGGUGGCCAUAUUGGCUUUGUUUGUAAACAUGCUCAAUAUUCCUGAUCAUUCAUCCAGUGAUACUCAUAAUGCCGACAACGUAUGCGAUUGUCAAUUGACACAAUCAAAGUGGUGGAAGGUAUUACUAGUUUUUAGCAAAUUCCUAAGCGUAUUCCUGGACAUAGGGAAGCGGCUGAACAGAAGACUGAACAGCGAAGGCGAGCAUGGAUUGCUGCAAUCAAUCGAUAAGAUGUGACGUUCAAUGUACAAUUUCUUGUUUUUUCGUAUCAUUUCAUUUCAUUUCAGGUAAUUAAGAACAUUUUGUAAAUACAAAUUAAUCUAGAAUAAAUGACAGCCCCAAUUUGCAUUAACUUGAUGUGCUUGGUCGAAGAGCUUUGAUAGCAGUUAUAUUGAUAAUGGUUUCUGUACUCACUUCUCUCAUCCGGACUGUGGCCUCCACAUAAAAAAAAAGUGAGGUGACACGAGAAUAGCUUUUUUACAAUCUUGCCUUACAGUCAAAGAGUGCUAAAAUGACAUUCGAAUGGUUAUCCGUGAUUCAAGGGUGUCAAACUUGGGUGAAAUAAUUUCCGCUAGCGCAUAACUCUAGCUUUGACAACACAAUAUCCACUGGGUUUAUACAGAUUAACGCAAACGUCACGGACAACCCGGUCAUAGAUUUCUAUACUCUUAAAAUUGUGAAAAUCCUUAAAUUAAAAAAAAUAAGUUUACCAAGUUCGGGUAUGAAACAUCAACAAAGAUGUCACAAUCUCUCAGAUUAUCAAACUUGUCCACUCAGACUUGUCGAUCUGGUAAGGAUCCCCAUGUCUAAUUACAACUGUUUUCUCCUUAUAACGACGAAGGGACUUCUUGUCUAGUAAUUCAGAGUAUGUUCCCAUCGUAUCAAAGCCCGUACAAUGUUAUUUUUCAUUAAACAGUUUGGAAAUAUUAUGUGUAGUGCUAUCGUAAACAAUGACUAUUGGUGAACAAAGCCUACCAAUAUGGCUGCCAGCAAUGCAAAGUGGGAUACUUAAGCAAAAAUUCCAAAGCUUUCUAUAACAGCACCACCUUAUGGUGUAUUGUCAGAAAACUAAUACGACUUCAAGCAUUCUUCAUAAGCACUGGCAAAACAGUAGAAAUGCAUGUUUUGACACAUUUGAACCCACUUGUGCACAUGCUGCGCUUCACACGUACAAAUCAUGUGUCUUUUAUUGACCUAAUAGAAAGAUAUUAUUCAUCCAUCUAUCCAUCUUCUUCCGGUUAUCCGAGAAGCCCAGACUUCCCUAUCCACAGCCAUUUUGUUCAGACCUGGGAUCCCGAGGUGUUCCCAGGUCAGCCAGGAGACAUACAGUAGUCUCCCCAACGUGUCCUAGGUCUUACCUGUGCCCUCCUACUGGUCAGACGUGACCUAAACACUUCCCCAAGGAGGCAGCUAAGGGGUAUCCUGACCAGAUGUCCCAACCACCUCACAUCAUCUUUCCAUAAAAAUUAUAAACAGUGAUUUGUGGACUUGGAGAAACCAUUUGACCAUGACCCUCAGGAAAUCCUUUGGGGAGGGCUCAGGGGGUAUGGGGUGACGGACCAUUCCCUGUAUGAUCAAUAUCAGAGCUUGGUCCACAUUGCCGGCAGUAAAUCGGAUCCGUUUCCAGUACAUCUUGGACUCCGGCAGGGCUGCCCUUUGUUGCUAAUUCUGUUCAUAACUUUUACGGACUUCAUUUCUAGAGGCAAAUACAAGUCACAUGCCAGUGGAAAUAGUGUAAAUCUGAUAGAUUAUCGCAAGAUAUCUACUUUAUAAGUAGGACCUAUUCUAAUCUAUUGAAAAAUAUUGUUUGUAUUUAUGUGUGCAGUUUGUGUAAUGUUUGUUUUGUUUUGUUAAAACGUAGAAGAUUUACGAGUGUAAGAAUUAAUUUGUACCUAGUUACCCUUUUUGUAAUUAGAAUCAGAAUGUUAAAUAAUUACACUGUACAUGUUGUUCUGUUUCUGUUUUCCAGACACACUCAAGCAACUCUUACCAUGAGUUGAUUAACAUGGAGCCUGACCCAAACAAGUUGAAAAACGUA